GGGCGGGGCUGGCCGGGAGCGGCUCGAGGGGCCCGGAGUGGCGGAGUAGCAGCACAUGGAAGACAGUGUGCUGGACCCCAGAGGUGUGACAGCUCAGCAGAGCUUGGAUCGGAGUGGGGGGGCCCAAAAUGGAAUGCCACAAGGCAAGGCACAGGAGCACAGAGAGCAAAGACCACCCAGAAUCCCAGCAGAGACCUCCCGGGAUGCUCUGGGCAUGGCCUCUCGAGCCCCCCAGCAGAGCAGCCAGCUGGCAGAGGAGAUCCCAGGCUUCCUGGACGCCUUCCUCUGCGACUUCCCAGCGCCGCUGAGCCUAGAGAGCCCUGUGCCAUGGAAGCUCCCGGGGACAGUGCUGAGCCAGGAGGAGGUGGAGGGUGAGCUGGCCGAGCUGGUGAUGGGCUUCCUGAGCAGCAGGAGCGCCCCACCACCACUUGCUUCAUCUCUGGCCCACGAGGCAGUUUCCCGGCUGCUACAGACGGACCUUUCUGAGUUCAGGAAGUUGCCAGGGCAGGAGGAGGAGGAAGAGGAGGAAGAUGACGACAAGGAAGAGAAGGCCCCUGUGACCUGUGAGUUCUCUUCCCUCUCUGGCCUGGAGGCUUAGCAGGCGACAGACUCACCCGCCAGAUGAGGGACGGGGUGGGGGUGAGGGGGUGGUGCCUUUCCUGGUUUGCUGGUGGAAGGGCGGUCGUGGGCAGCACGUGGCUGAGGGCCACGGAAGGGCAGCGGCCACGCGUGCUCCUGACGGUGCGGCGGGGUCAGGAUGCAGAAAGAGCGCCCACUCCAGCAUCAGGUCGGCAGGGGGAGCGCAGCCGCCGUCUCCCUGAGCUUCCGAACUGCCCAGGAAAUGAAUAAUGCUUUUCCCGUUCUACGUGGGAGGAAGCUGAGGUGGCACCUUGGUCGCCCACUUGCUCUUCUGCCUCAGCUGACACUGCUUCAGGGUGGCGUGGGAGUCAGGAGGGUGACGUGUGCACGGCUCCUGGGGGCGGCUUCAGGGUCCAGCUGGUAGAAAAUGCCAGCACUUGGGCCUGUUCCCCGGGCUGAUCCAACUCGGGACCCCAUCAGAUGGGGGCUCCAUGGCGUCUGAGGGCUAGCUUGGGGAGGGGCCGAAGGGGCCUGUGGGUCGGCCUCCUCCUGGGAUACUGGUUAGCAGGGCGCACCCCAAGCCACCCGGCACAGCCAGGGGAACCCAGGAAUGGGCAGUGAACCCCUUCAUAAAAAGUCAGGGCUCUUACUUUGCAUAUCUUUCUUUCACUUUCCUAAUACAGUAGGCUCCCCUCAUCCGAGGGGGAUGCGUUUUAAGACCCCCAGGGGAUGCCGAAACCACAGAUGGUACCAAACCCUAUAUAUACUGCAUUUUUUCCUAUACAUGCGUACCUAUGAUAAACUUUAAUUUAUAAACUGAGCACAGUAAGAGAUUAACAAUAACUGAUACUAAAAUAGAACUGAUACUAAAAUAACGAUGUACUGUAAUAAAAGCUAUAUGAAGGUG